AUCGAGGAUGCGCAUACGUACAGCUCGAAGCCUUCGUCUGCUAAGCCGACUCACGUGGUUUCUAUAAACAGUUUUGGCUGCGCGCGCGGCCACACGCAGUCGUAGCUAUAUAGAUAAGCACAUAGAGCAGUACCAUAGGCUUUGCAGGCUAGCACAGCUCAGGCACGGCAGCUACGAGAACGUAACACGCGACGCUCGUAAAAGACACACAGCAACCACAUGGCCGCCGCGAAAUCCUCCGCGGACCGGCACGCGUCGGACACAGCCGUCGACACGGUCUGGCCCGAUAGAACGCAAUCACCACCGACCACGCCGUCGACACCGGACACUCCAGCAAGAGAACAAGAACGCCUCGCGCACCUGCGCACGAAGGCCGCGCGGGCCUACGCGAGUUAUGAUCCGAAGCACUGGACCAGCCACAUCGUCACGACGCGCGGCCGCAGCGGCCACCACGUCUGGCAGCCGUUAUUGUGGGUGUUGCUCGUGUCGAUCUUCGCGGCCUGGAGCGCGCAGAACGCGGAGAAGCUCGGCGUGUCGCAGCGGCGCUGGAACAAAUGGUUGCUGAAGAUCGAGCCCGUCGAAGCGUUAUUGCGGCUCGUCAUGUCCUUUUUGCUCGUGUUUCGACUAGGUAGAAGCGCCCAGCGCUACUGGGAAGCCCGACAGAAAGCAGGAGCAUUAAUCGAAGUGUGUCGAGUGAUCGCGUCGACGGCCUGCGCGCACAUGGUCUUCGGCGACGAUCUUCGAAGGGUGGAGCAUCGCAUGCACUGGCCCAAGGCACCACCCUCAACGGAAGAGAAGGACGAGGUCUGGAUGAGCACGACGUGCAGUCCGGCGUCGGCGAUCUGUCGGUGGGUCGUCGUUUUUCCGAUCGCGGCGAAGAAUUACUUGAGGAGCGAAGGCGGUGAUCCGAAGGAGCUCGACGGACUGUUAUCCACGGGUGAAGUGGACGAGUUAUUUGCGGCCCCGAACCAGUGCCUCUACGUCCUAGAUACGAUGCGCGGCCUGUCGGCCUCGUGGGCGGCCAAAGCCGUACACAAUGGUGCUUGCGCGGAAGUGGUAGCACAGGUCUUCGGGGCCCUGACGCGGCAAAUAGAUCUGCUGACGGGGACGUUUGGAGGCAUGGAACGGAUAAACAACACGCCGCUGCCCUUUGUGUAUGUUUCUCAUUUGAGAACGUCCUUGACGGUCUACCUAACUCUGGUACCGAUUGUUUUCGCGCCUAUUUGGUUGUGGGCGACGCCGCCUUUGACACUAAUCGUCGCGUGGGCGUUGUUAGGUAUUGAGGCGGCGGCCGUGGAGUGCGAGCGACCGGUCCGAGGCUGCGCGAACCACAUGCCCCUCGAGGCUUUUUGUGCGGUCGUCGCCGACAACGUGCGCCAGACGCUCCAACACUCCGCGAGCAUGGGGGCAAAAUUAAGGAGUAGAUAG